GCAAGUUCGUCUUGCAGUGCUUGCUUGUUGUUUUACUGAGUUCUACGCUUUUCUGUAGUAGUUUUGCAUUGUUUUGUGGGGUGAAAUGGCUGACCCUUGAUGUUUACCCUUGUUAUAUUUAGAUUAAAGAUUUAAUACUUAGUGAUGGAAACUAAUAAAGUGUCCUCAAGUUCUUCUAAGAACAGAUUUGCAGAUUACUUCGUAAUAUGUGGUUUGGAUUUAAAUUCAGGACUAGAGCCAGACACAGUCGCAGGU